AUGGCCUCGCCUUCGCACCGCGAAGAGCCGGCAACAGAGAUUCGCUCUCAGCAUAUCGCUACUACAGUUUGUGCGACAAUGCGAUCCAGAAUGGCUAGUCAGCGGCGGCCUUGCCUAUCGUGCCUCCUCCUCCUCGGAACGAGCAUUGGACACACACGCCUUGUUUCGGCGGCUUCGGGAGAUGAUAGUUCUCAGGAGCCGUUGUGGUCGUUCGUAGACCCUUUGAUCGGUACUGUCGGCCCACGCCCUGGUUCCGCGAUAGCAGGUGGAAACUCGUUUCCGGGUGCGAGUCUACCAUGGGCAAUGGCAAAGCCUGGAAUCGACACGAGCUACAUCGGACUUCCAAAUGGUAGUGCAGUGGACGCCAAUGCUGGAUACACACCUUUGGGCAACGUGACGGCUGUGAGCAUGACCCAUGUCAGCGGAUCUGGAGGAGCACCAACGUACGGGUUGGUAUCGCAGAUGCCUCUCCUUGGCAAUCUAGCCUCCGUGAACCUCGCCGACAAUAUGACCUAUGCUCAAAAUCGUAGUCUUGAUUUCGAAUCAGCAACUGUAGGUCUAUUCACUACGACUCUACAAAAUGGUGUCAAGAUCGAGAUCACUUCAGGGAACCACACAGGAUUCAUACGAUACACGUUUCCUUGGCUGGAAGCUCCUUCGAACCUGGCUAAUGCAACGAACGAAUACGAUGCGCACGUACUUGUAGACCUCACGCACGUACUACCAGCCUACUCUUCGAUGGCCUACUCCCAAAAGUUCUUGCGUGGGGAGCUGCAUGUCCCAUCUUCUUCCGACGCAUUGCCGUCAUACCAUGGGUCUGCAUCCUACACGGGCGGCUGGCCACAGCCUGAUUCUCACAGGAUCCAUUUUUGCGGAAACUUCAGUGUCCCUGCAAACUCCAUGUUAACCCCGACGUCAGACUAUGUACAGGGAGAGCACUCGAGUAUUGCCUCUGGUGCUGGUACAUUCAGUUGGCAAUACAACCCUUUCUCGCCACCGACGAUUCGGCCAGUGCCCAGGGGAUAUCCUGAUGUGCGAUCCUACGCUGGGAGCGGAAUGGGCAUUGGUGCUUUGUUUAGCUGGUCGCCAACAGAGACGCAAGUUAACGGUACCCUUACCCUUGAAGCCAAACUGGGCAUCUCGUACAUUAGUGCUAGACAGGCGUGCUCCCACGUGGAAAACGAACUUCCUGAUGCAAAGUCUUUCGAGGACGUAGUAGAGCAAGCGAGGCAAGAGUGGGAAGCUAAAGUGCUAAGCAAGAUACGAAUCGGAAACGAUGGCGAUGCGACAAGCAACAAUGCGACGUUGAAGCGGAUGCUGUAUUCAGCCAUGUAUCAGACAGGCCUGAUGCCAACCGACAAAACGGGUGAGAACCCUGUGUGGGAGUCAAAUGAGUCAAAACCAUACUACGACGAUCACUACACACUGUGGGAUACGUACCGGACCUUAUUACCCCUGUACCACCUGAUCUUCACAAAACCAUACUCCCGUAUUCUAUCUGGGCUUAUCUCAAUAUUCACCGAAGAGGGCUACCUACCCGCCGGCCGUGCAGCGAACUGGAAUGGCCGGGUUCAAGGUGGCACGCACGCAGACAUCGUCUUAGCAGAUGCUUUCGUAAAAAGCAUUUGUGCAUUGAAUGGCGAGACAGGCCGCGGCGAGCUUGACAGUACAAUCGAUUGGCAGGAAGCUUACAGAGCAGUAAUGAAAGACGCAAGUGUAAUGCCUGAGCGCAACGUCGAUCCGGUGGCAUUCGACGGGGCCACCAAGGAAGGAAGAGGAGCAUUGGAUGACUACCUCUCCCUCAACUUCAUCACGCGUCAUCACACCCGCAGCAUCUCUCGGGGCGUCGAGUACCCGCAGAACGAUUUCGCGAUUUACAGUAUGGCGCAAGGACUUGACAAGCCUCAAGAAACGGUUGAUCGGAUGCGUGAGCGAGCGAGCUGGUGGCAGAACCAAUGGAAUCCAACGGCGACCACCACCCUUGAUGGCAUCGGCACAUUCACAGGCUUUCCAGGCGCAAGGAAUGCGGACGGCACGUGGAACCUCACUGCAUAUGACCCGUUAAGUUGCGGAACUUGUGGAUGGGACGCCGACAUAUACGAGGCCAAGGUUUGGGAGACUGCAUUCAGUGUCGCCCCGCACGACAUGGCCAAAGUCAUCGAUCUCAUGGGCGGUGAUGAGGCUCUCGUUCGUCGGCUGGAUGCUAGUUUUGUCCCUGGUUUCGGCACAUCGGUUGGCGUGAACAACGAUGCUGGCUCCACCCUCUUCAAUCCCGGCAACGAACCAUCAUUCGCAACGCCGUUCCUCUACAACUAUGUCCCUGGGAUGCAUUGGAAAACAGUCAAUCAGACACGAGCCACGGUUGACGCCUUCUACAGCGACGCGCGCAAUGGGUACCCCGGAAACAUCGACGGCGGCGCGCUACCCAGCUGGUUAAUCUUCAAUCUUGUAGGGAUGUACCCCGUGCCCGGCCAACCGAUCUAUCUCCUCUCUGCCCCUCGCUUCUCAUCACUGAAUAUCUCACUCUUCAGCGGAACGUCAGUAGAGACUUUCUUGACCGUGUUGACUCGCGAUAUGUCGAGCACGAGCUACUACCCGCAAAAGGUCACUUGGAACGGAAAAGGGCUCGACCGAGCUUGGCUGAAGCACGAAGAAAUUGCUCAGGGAGGCGAGCUUGUAUUCUAUAUGGGUAAUAAGCCUGUGAGAUGGGACGUUGGCGAACGUCCUUGGUCUCUGUCGGCAUGGCCAUAA